UUUGCUCUUUCUACAGUUUCACGCGAGGACGUCUGUUGCGCCUCGAGUGUAUGCAACACGGUCCAUAUCACCAGGUCCAUUCAGUGUUUACUACGGGUUCGUGGAUGCAAAAGCACCUCUGACUACAGGAGCUGACCAAUAGGUUUCAAACGCAGCAGCAGCAGCUUUGUUCAGCUUUUUUCAGUGAUAGUUUCUAGUCUGUAUACACAUACGCAAUUUUUUCGAGACGAUGCCAACCACCUGUAAAUUUCGGCUUCGAAACGAUACUAAUAAGCUGUACUAUUGCGGCGAAAAGCUCGAAGGAAGUGUGGAUCUAACCUUUUCGGAUGCUAAAAAAGUGAACGGAAUCAAACUUAUCAUCGCAGGAGUGGUCCACGUAAAGUGGUUACAGUACCGAGGUCCGAAUCGGUACAGCACAACCUUCAAGGGCAGUGAGGCGUGUCUGCACUCGGAAAUUGACCUUCUGCGAGCAGUUGGUGACUCAACGGCGGAUGUUCCCGCUGGAAAGCACACGUACAGCUUUGACUGCUUCCUCCCCGAAUCAUUGCCUGCCACGUUCGAGGGAAAGCAUGGCCGAAUCCAGUACAUCAUAACCGUAAUCCUGCAGCGUUCCUGGAAGGCAGACAAGAUUUUCACGAUAGAAUUCAUCGUACUAAGGAACGUAGAUCUCAACACGCAACCCCCGUCGAUCCGCGGACCAGCUCGGACAGAAAUAACCCGAUCGUUCCGCUGCUGGCCGUGCAGAACCGGUCCGCUGGUCGUCGCGCUGCAAACCUCCGCGACCGGAUACGUCCCAGGCCAGCGAAUCCCAGUACUGCUGGAGAUCAACAACGGCAGCAGUUCUAAAAUUCAGGUCAUCCACCUGAAGCUGGUGAUGGUCGUGUCGUACUCGAGCGACACUCCGCGAGCCAAGGUCAAAAUCGACCGGGAAGACGUGGUGCGGGCCGAGCUGGACCAAAUCGACGAUCCCGACGAGGUCAAGUACGAAGAGUCCCUGCUGAUACCGCAUCUGCCGGCUACCAGCUGUAGCGACUGUUGCAGCAAGAAGAUCCGCAUCGAGUACGAGCUGGAAGCUGAACUGGAAGUUGGUGCCGUACAUCAGAUCAUGAAGCUGACCAUUCCCGUGCUGAUUGGGACGGUUCCGCUGAACUGCGAUCGUCGCGAGUCGACGAUCAUGGAGUUGGAGACUUAGGAAAAUGGUUUGUUUGGCAGCGGAUUGUCGUUUUGGAAUGAAUGUUAACAUUUUACAUACAGAUAUUAUUAUUAUGAGAUGUUUUGCCAUGUGUCCAAGUUUGCUUGUUAAAAUGUUGAAAUGUGACAGUAAAUAAAGCUACUUCAGUCU